UCAGUAGUUACUCCGCUUGCCUCGCAGCUUCUCUCCUAUUUCGAUUGUAAGCUUAAACACAAGCUGGCGGCCGUUAGCUGGUUUAAUGUGCAUCUAGCAAGAGCAUUGGGGUUGUAUUCUGCAAAGGCUCUUCUUGCAUCGGGGCAUCCUUAAGUCGCAUCGGCUUUCCCAAACGUGUUCACGAGCAGACAGCCAUCGGAUCGCACAAAAAGUUACUUGGGCUUGCAGCUUUUUGCACAUUAUAAACAAUAAAUGUAAGUCUAUCCUCAGCUUGACUAUAAUGGCUUAAUUGGUUCCUGGCUUUUCGACUGCCACCUCAGCUCGUCGCAGCAAUGAGUCGUUGGCUCCAGCGUUCUAGUACCAUGUUUCUUUCGCGUUCAAUCAUACACAGGGGCUUCUCCAAGCAAUACAGUUGUAACGCCAAGCGCGUAAGCGAGCCUGGAACACCGUCGAUGGGCGUGCCUGCAUACUUGCGCUACUUAGCGCGCCUUGCAGGCAGGCAGCUGCGCCUCCGGACACCAUCCGAUGGAAGGCUCUCGCUAGCAGGGCCCGCAGACCUCCCAGGCCUGCUGCCAUACACGCACCCUAUCAGCGGCCAUCGGAACCGCAGCUUUGAGGAUCGGCAUCUCCAGCUGUGGGUCGCGAACCUGAGGCACCCGAGGCCGCCGCAGCUGCAGCAGCAGCAGCACGGGCAACCUGAACCCGGCCACAGCACCGAGCCGGCCCAGGCCGCACCGCAUGCCGCACCGGUCUCCGUUGCUCCUGAUGUUGGAAGCCACGAGAACGGGAGCAACGGCGUCAGCAGCAAUGUUGGAGGGGUUACCAACAGCUUGACGGCCCAAAGCGGCGCUGGAGGCCGCGACAGGGAGUUAGAACCGGCAGGAGCAGCAGCAGCAGGAGCUGCAGCAAGCGACGCUGCGCCGCAGGGCCGCCGGCGCUCCCUGCACCUGCACGUCAACCCCCACCCCCACCCCCACCUGCACCUCCCCUACCGCCCCGCCCACCCGCACCCCCACCAACCCCACAACCCCAGCUCCCACACCCCACCUCAAGACGCCAGCCAACCCAACCCGCAGCACCCUGAGUCCCAGCCAGGCCAACAACAGUCCGUCGACGCCUCUUUGCAGCCGCAGCAGCCUCAUCGCCCCCCCCUGCUCUUCCGCGUCAACCCGCCCUCCACCCCGCACCCCCACAUACACUCCCACAGCCACCACCACCACCACCACCACCCUGCACGGUCGCCGCCGCUCCUGGAAAUCUACUACCCCUUCGCAAGCCACCCAGACCUCUGGAAGCAGUACCUCAGUCCCUCGCAGCCCGAGCAGCAGCAGCAGCUGCAAGAUGACGUCAGCCGACCCAUGGGUCACUGCCUGGACCCAGGCCCCUGGAUCGAGGACUUUGACACGUUUGCUGCUGACGUGGCUGCUCGGCACGUGGGCCACAUCCCCGACAGCAUGCUGGUGACAGCAUCCAUGGAACGUCUGACGUGGCAUGUGCACACGCCACCAAUGCAGGGAGGGGCUGGGGAAGCAGGCAUUGCUCAGGCGGGG